AUGACGAACGUUCUCGCCCAGAGCGUCGCCGCUCCCGCGAUGCGCACGUGCCGCCUCGCGGGCCCGGCCCCCUGCACAAGGCCGGCCCGCCUGGUGCGCUGCCGGGCGUCGGGCGAGGACGGCGAGGGCCGCAACAUCGCCCAGAAGAUCGCGGAGAAGGCGAACGUGUCGCUCGGCCCCAUCGGCCUCACGCUCGGAGGGGACCUGGGCGAGCAGGCGGAUGGGAAGACGGGCCAGAUGGGAGCUGCUGAGAAACAGGGCGCGGUGCGCGGCGGGGACGGCGAGGAGUGGCGGCCGCAGAGCAUUGCGGAGCUGACCACGGAGGAGUGGCGCGCGAAGUACGAGCGCGACGGGGCGGUGCCCCUGUUCAUCGACGACCAGUUCAGCGCCGCGUCGCGGCUCUCCGGCGGCCGCGCCGCGCACGCGGGCUUCUACGAGGGAUGGGGUGACGGCGAGGGGCUGGGCGUUUCUGACGCGCCUCGCCACAAGGUCGAGAUCACCAACAACUUCACCGGCCAGGUGAUCGAGGUCGACGUGCCCGAGGACCGUUUCAUCCUGAUGGAGGCCGAGGACGCCGGCCUCGAGCUGCCGUACGCCUGCCGCAUGGGGUGUUGCACUGCGUGCGCGGUGCGCGUCACGGAGGGCGAGGUGUACCAGCCGUACGCGCUCGGCGUGAGCAAGAAGCUCAAGGAGCAGGGCUACGCGCUCAUGUGCGUGAGCGUGCCGCUCGAGAACUGCAAGAUGGAGACUGUCGAGGAGGACGAGAUCUACAUGGAGCAGUUUGGGAACGCCUUCCGCGAGAUGGCCACGAACCCGAACGACGCGCGCUUCGUCGAGCGGGACGACUACGCGCUCGAGAUCGCGCUCGGCGACGAGUGA